AUGCCUCUCCGACUCUCAACAAAGAAGGGCUCUGCUGUCGCCGCCAAGCCCGAAGCAAUGUCGUCCGAAGUCACAUUGGUCGAAGCCUCAAAUACACCCGACAACAAGAAAAGCACAGCUGGACCAUCCAAGCGCACAAAAAUGUCGUGGAAGGAGGCGCAAGAACUUUGUAAAAAGGAGCGGAACUGGGAAGCUCGAGCGCGUCUCUAUAGUGUGCUCUGA